CCUCCACUUAUUGCCAUGGCAGCGAAAGAGUUCUUCCGCCGUGUCGACGUCACUUCCGGUAUUCUUGCUUGGGCCUCAGCAAGGUCGCUCUCCUCGGAAGGAGAAGGGGGCGGGGCCUUGGCCAAGAUGGCGGGCCUGGAGCGCGGCGGUGGGGCGCCGAGGGCGGUGAUGGGCUACACGCCGGACGAGAAGCUCCGUCUCCAGCAGCUGAGGGAGCUCCGGCGGCGAUGGCUCAAGGACCAGGAGCUGAGCCCGAGGGAGCCCGUCCUGCCCCCGCAGAAGCCCGGCCUGGUCGAGGGCUUCUGGCAGAACUUCCUCAAGCCCGGCAGCCUGUGGAGGAAUCAGGUAUUCAAAACCUACAAUGCUGGAGUAUUUCUUUUCACUCGAAUACUUAUUCCUGUUUGGGUUACUCACUACUACGUAAAAUACCACCUACUGUAUCAACCAUAUGGAGUCGUUGCUUCCAAGCCCAAGAUAUUCCCAGGUGACACUAUUCUGGAGACGAAUGAAGUUGUUCCCCCAUUAGAAAUACCAAACAGUCAUCAUUAAAUGCUCAAGAACUCAGAACCCUGCAGGCAUUUGUCUUGAUUACUAAAAUUCAUUUACUGAACUCAUAAUCUUAUUUAAGAAUAAAAAUGGCUUCGGCUUCA